UUUGUAAAGUUAUUGAUUGGAAAAAAAACAUGCUAAAACGGAACAUAUUUAAAACAUUAAAGGAUAAAAACAAGCAAAACAAUUUAUUAUUUCAGGGAAUGAGAUCGAAGAAAACUAAUGGCACGUUUAAAUUUAAAAAGUUAUUCGAAAUUUCGGAACCCGAAUGGGAAUACGAUGAAAUCGAUAAUACUUACAUAUUUUCUAAUGAAAUUCGAGAUGGGCUUAAUACCGAAAAUCAAAAUAAUACGUUGACGCUUGAUCGCAGUUCUUGCAAAAAUUCUAGAAAAGAUGAUAUGAACUAUAAUGGUCCCGACAAAACUGACAAAGCAAAAAAUUGUAAUAAUUACAACAAUAGCGUUAUACCUUCAACUCUUGGCGAAACCAUGAAAUUAGAGAAGAAAAUGCACAGAGCGGAAAUAUUGAAAUUGACGAAACGUUUUAACGCCGAAAUUAAUAGCCUGAGGAAAGCGAUUCAAGAAUAUCACCAAAAUCAAUCGAACGAUACAAUGAAUCCCCAAGAAAAUAGAUUUAAUAAAGUAGAACAUAACAAAAUAGAAGUCAAAAAUGGCACCUAUAUUUCAGAGCUGCCCCAACUGGAGUUGUCUAAAUUUGCCUAUAAACCUUCGACACAUGGAUGUGAAGCUAUAGAUAACGAUUCUUUUCUGAGUUUCGAAAAAACGAAUCCUAAAGUUGACGAUGAUAUUAAAUAUACCGAAAAUUAUCCGGAAAAAUGUAUUUCACGCCCAUCGCCUUCGGAGAGUAUCACAACGCUUAAAAAUGAAUCCGCAACGCUCUCCAUCGUAAAUAACCACGAAUUGAGUUUAUUAUCCAAUCAUAACGGUGUCAAAAGUUGUUACCCAAGUUUUGAGAGCAGAAAGAAUAAAAGUUCGAAUUUUAAAAGUGUAACGUGUAAAGAAAGCCUACGCGAAAAAUAUUACGAUGAUACCUAUAAAAAGCUUAAACUUUAUACCAAUUCUAAAUGCAAAUCUCAGAAUGAGAAAGAUAAUAAUAUUAAAGAUAACAAAGAAACGAGUUCUAAAGCCCUCCAGGAUUUAAAGAUUAUAAACCACGAAAUAAGCGGCAUAAUAAAACGACAAUCUGUUUUAAUAAAAGAAGUAAAUGUAUCCCGACAAAUGAUCAAAUGUAGGAGACAUUUUUACCGAUCAAAUAUCGAUGAACCAAUUAAUAUGGAAAUCCAAAAACAAAAUUUGACAAACAAAUACGAGCAAAAACUAAAGAGCCUCGAAAGCAAACAUCAACUCCUCAUGGAGAGGUUAGAUCUGCAAUUUAAGGAAAUGGUUAAAAUUUUGACAGAAAAAUUGAUCUACACGAGGGAACAAUUGUUAUUUACAGAAUCCACUUAUCAAAGAGAAUUAAUCAAAUCACUAGAAAUGGUGAACGAAGUGACAAAAGAAUUUAAUAAGAUCUUGAUGUCUCACGAAAAAAAAUUGCUUCCCAAACGCGCGUAACAUCUUUUCGAAUGAAACAAUUUUUUUAUAAUCAAUCAAUGGUAAAGAAUUUU